UUUCUCUCCCUUUUAAUACGUUUAAUUACAGAAACUCAAAAUGACAAUUACUCUCAAUUGGGGUAUCUUAGGUGCUGGUAACAUCUCAGGACAGUUUGUGCAUGAUCUAUUGGUCAAUAACGUCGAUCCAGAAGGCUCAAUCAAGCAUACAAUAAUAUCAGUUGGUAGUUCCUCCGCAUCCAAAGGUGAAGACUUCAUAAAAAGCAAUGGUAUUAAAACUAGCAAUAACAAUGGGGUUGAGGCUAUAACUGAAGAGUACGACGAUUUCUAUAAAAAUGGUAAAAUCGAUAUUGUAUACGUUGGUACUCCUCAUACUUUCCAUAAAGAACAAGUUACCCAAUCUUUAGAAAACGGUAAACACGUAUUGGUUGAAAAACCAAUUACCCUUAACGCGAAAGAUGCCAGAGAGUUGAUUGAAUUGGCCAAAUCGAAGAACAAAUUCUUGAUGGAAGGAGUAUGGACUCGUUUCUUCCCUUCUGUUAAAUUAAUCAGAGAACAUAUAUUUGAAAAGAAAACUUUGGGUGAAGUAUACAAAUUAUUCGCCGAUUUCUCAAUGAAUUUCGAAGUGGAAAAACUUCCAACCUCCCUGAGGGGCCGUGAUAUAAAGUUGGGUGCCGGUGCUACUUUGGAUAUAGGAAUUUACUCUGUUACUUACGGUAGAAUCUUACUUGAUGAUAAAUUGGGUGAAAACUCAACUCCUUUUGAUACAAAAUCUUUCCUUUCACUUGACCCAACUGAUAAGGUCGACCAUGAUUCAACUAUCUUAAUUAAGUAUGAAAAUGGCAAACAAGGAAUCUUGACUAGUUCAAAUCAUACCAAUGGACCAGAUUCGUUUGUAAGACUCGAAGGUACUGAAGCGGUCUUGGAAAUGUGGAGCGAUAAUCCUGCCCGUCCCAAAAAUUUCAAAAUCACUUUCACCGAUAAAUCUAAAAGUCCAAUUGUUUUUGAAGAAAAGAAUGAUUACAAUGGAUUUAUCUACGAAGCCAAUUCGAUUGCAAAAGAAAUUAAUGAAGGGAAAAUUGAAAGCAGCGUUUUACCAUGGUCUGAAACCUUGCUUGUAAUGGGCAUUAUGGAUAAGGCUAGAUUAGAAAAUGGUUUAAUCUAUCCUCAAGAAAAAUAGUUUAAAUAACAUAACUUACUGUCA